CCUCGAAGACAAACAGUUUGGCUACAGGAUUAUUAUACUUUCUGUGCAACCAGCUUUUGUAUCUGGUACUUGUGGCCAAAGAGUGAAUGACGUUGCUGUGGGCAGCCGUUUCAGUCGUGCAAUAGUAUUUUACGGAGUUUGUGCCCAACAGUGGUCAACAACCACAGAAAGCUAGAUUGCACUGUGCAAAAAACUCCAGCUUUUUGAAUAACACAUUUAGGCGGACAAAAAUAACCUUGUGUCAGUGUUCUGUCGACGAAUCAGGAUUUCAGAGCGAGAAGAAGCAAAAGACAGCUGCAAGUCGCCAGACGAAAUUUGACAGGUACUUUUGGUUUUCAAAUCCACCUCAGCGAUAUGAUUGGAAGUCUAUUCAAAAAGAGGGAGUCAGUGUAUAACCCCUCGGCACUUCCAUCUUCUUCCUCUUCUUCAACGACAGUUCCUACACCUUCGUUGCCAUGCUCUCCGGCGGCCUAUAACAACAGCAAUGCUGGCAACUUACAAACAGGCUGCGAUCCAUCGCCGCUGUCGGCAUCAUCAUCAUCAUCACUAAACCUCCUGUUUUCAAACUCACACGUUAACAACAAUCAGCGACCUACCGAAAUACCAGGAUUGAGCAAAUCAACGGAUAACAGAGCGGGGUACAGCAACGGAACCAGCAACGGCACCAGUAGCAAGAUCAACCCACAAGAGACGGAUAAACUUUCGGAUCAGUCGGGUUUGAAUAUUUCAUCCUUAUAUGGAAUCAAUGUGACUCCUCCGACUCCCGCCUUUAAAUUAUCUGACAAACGUUCAGGUUUUAGGAUGGUGGUAAUACAAGAUGCAGGCAUAAGAAAGAAACAACCUUUAUUUGACUCGGCCGUCCCCUACAAUAAAAACUUUACAAUAAUGCAGCAAAAGCUGAACAAGAAAUUACAUCACUCCAUCAACGAGUUGUCACUAUUCAUGUUUGGCUGCUAUGGGAUGCCGAUGUCUGAGAAUAAUAUGACAACAAAAAUGCACUAUUUACCGUCCUUAUCUAGCAUGCACUCUUCUGUGCUCUUAACAAGGUUAUUCUCUUUGGAUUCCUCUUUCAGAUUGAAACCACAUAAAUUGUCAGCAAAUUCUUUAGACUGGGAACCUCAUCCACUACUGGAAACCGACGAACUUCCACUGUAUGAAAACUCAUCCAUCAGAUUUUCAAUAGGACUAAUCAUACCAGUUUCUUCCUCUAUCGAAUCUGUUCGUGACGAAAUUACAGAGAACUGGCUUCAAACUUCAGACAUUUUGUUAACCCUGCAAAAUUUGAUUGUGGAAAAAUUGAAGAAUAAUUAUAAAUCGCAAAAUUCAUCCAAAAAGGCUCAGUCUCACUUCGGUCAAUCAAACCCUACAUACUGUUCUCCGAACAACAAUAUUCAUUCCCUAUCAAACAAAUCAACAAAUUUUGGUUUUCCUAUCUACUCUUUGCAAACAGAAAUGGAAAUAUAUCAAACACUUGGCUCCCUUCUAUCACGAUUGAUUUCUUUAUUGGAGGUACCAAGACUAUUUAUAGACCUAAAGCAUUCAAACCAAUCGCUAAUUGAUUGGGCAUCUACGCUAUCUUUAUGGCUCGAACUCAAAGACGGAAGAUCUCACCACUCUUUGGAUAUUCAAUCUAAUGGAAACACAGAUUGUUUGGAUAAUAAUUUAUAUUUGCCAAUCAAUUCUACUCACUCAAUCAAGUUUCUUGCCUCACUUCUCUCUAUCUUUUUACCUUUGAGAAAUACACUUUUUUCUGAUCCUCUGACUGAGCAUACUGGACUAACCAAGCUUCGAAUUAUCAUUGGGACAGGAAAUCCUGUCAUUUCGCAAAAGCUUGUGUUCAUAUUAGUUGGUAUUCUUGGCUACGAAAAGUUUUCCGAUUUAUAUGAAAAAGCCAAGAAACUCCCAAAGCAAUCGAGGGUGGAAAAGUCCAACGAGCCUACUGCUGUUCCCAUCCCGAUCUCCAGGCCGGAAGGCGAUUAUUCGUCAAGCAAUGUUUUGACCAAAAAUAAUUCGUUAAUAAUUGAUGGUCCCCCACAGCCCAUGGACAUCAAUUUCAAAUCAUCUCCUUUACGCAUGCAGCAUUCCCCAAGCAUCUCCACAAUUUCGGCUAGCGUUCAGACUCAAAGGAUCCCUGUUCCAAUGCUUACAAGAACAUCAUCUUAUGCUUCGUUGCAGAAUCUCUCGACAUCAUACGGCGCCAAUGUCCCCAACAGUUAUGGUUCACAGACUUCGUCAAAUUCAUGGAGAAACAAUUUUGGCUCUUUUAUGGAUAGGUGGAAGAAUUCAAUAAUGUCUUCGCCAACCACAUCCCAACUUUCCAAAUCGCCCCAGACCGAGUUUCCAUCACCGAACCUCUCAGAAUAUGAAGAGUAUCCUUGGUAUUCCCAUAAAAAAUCGAACCCGUUAUUGUCCCCUGCUCCAUCCUUUACCUCAGGAAAUACGACGACAACACAAAACGCAUCUGUGAGACGCAUAUCAAUGAAGACCUUGAAUGCAGGUAACUAUGUCUCGAAUGAUGAUUAUAAACUCUCAAGGUCAACAAUAAAUUUGAUUCCAUCAAGCUUCAUCAACAUAGUUGAUAAUAUUAAUGUUGAGAUAAAUGCAAUCAUGAGAGCAGAAUUUGAAUGCUCAGUAAGUGAUUCUGGAAAUGAUUCGGUGAUGGAUAUUUCAAUGAAAAAAUCUAAACUGCUAAAAGCUGAAAAGCCGAUAAGCUCCGUCACUGCGAUUCCGUUGCCACCGUUAGUUGGUUACAUCUCACAGUUUAGACCUGAGUUCAACAUGAUGUCUUGUCCUAACAGAAUUUUACAGGAUGGAGUCUUUGUUGAAACAAUGAAAGAUGAUAUGAAAAAAAUUCAGGUAAUUGAAUCUGACGUCUACUUCGUUAAUCUUGCCAUGAGGAAAGUGACGCUUUUGGAGAUGAAGAAUAAAUCUGCUAAAAGCUCAAGCGAUAAAAAUGAAAACUUUCAACUAUAUACUUCUAAGUCCAUGCUAAUAGACAAAAAACAUUCAGGUCCUGAAUCGGCAGAUUCCAGCUUCAAAUCUAAAGGAAGCAAAAAGUCUCAUCUCUCCGAAACUCUGGAAUCUAGUUUUGUACUUAAUGACACUGUUAUCUUCACACCUGAAAAACCGCUACGGAAUGACCAGAAAAUAGGAACAUCAUCAACGAACACAAUUUCUGAGAAAGUAGAUUUAUAUGACCAACUCUUAGAAAAAAUUGCAUACACCGUUAACAACUUUUUCUUGGAUCUGAAAGACUCUUCCCGUGAUACCAGCACCAUUGAAAAAGAGAAUGAGUGCUGUGAUAAUAUUCGUCAACUUAUUGAACAACUUAUGAGUAUCAGCGAUUCGACGUAACUAGGCAAUUUUGACUUUUUGGGAAUUUUGUUUACUUUUCACUAUUUAUUAUUUCUAUUAGCCAUUUAUACACUUACUUAAUGUUGAACUUUAUAGAUACUGAAAUAAAAAGUUAA